AUGCUUAUUCAUACACCUGCACAAGAACUCUACAAUCAAUCUGGGUUUUCAGCAAAUUUUUUGCAUCAUUGGGACUUAUAUUUCUUUGAUACAUGCACACCGGGUAGUGCAUUUCAUUUACAAAAAAUGUUGCAAAGUCUAUCAACAUCAAAACAACAAUCAAAUGAAUUGGUCAAAGAUAUUUUCUGUGAUUUAACUGCAAUGUUUAAUGAUUGUCUAUGGGACUUCUGUUCAAGAAUUCGACUAUUUCAAUUGCAAUUAUCACGUGAAAUGUUUAGCAAUGAACAUAUUUAUGUUUUCUAUAAAAAUGAAACAAGUGUAGCAACACGAGUAGCAUGUUUGGAAAAGAUUCUAAAACAAUCUAUUCGUUUGCAAGAGCAAAUUGUUGACAUUUAUCAUGAACAAUAUUCAAAGACGAAAACUUCAUUAGAAAGUUCUUACAAUAAAAUUUAUCGAAUAUCCAAAGAUAUCUUAUGUGGUAAACGAUUCUUAGGUUUAGUCGAUUCUCUUCAAUUUCAAAUUCGAAUAUCAUUUACUAAUUUUGUUUCGAAUAUCUUGAAAUAUCUUGCCAACGAUUAUGGUUUGGAAUCAUUAUGGAAAAUGUUGACAACUGAACAAAAUGUCGGUUCUAUUCUAAAUUUAAUUGAUUAUUCAUCAUUUACUAUUGAUGAAGAUGAAAAUAAAAAGUCAAAUUUACCAAUUCAAGGAACUUUUCAAAUCGGUUCACAGUAUUCAUGCAUUCCACAAACACCACUCUAUCAAUUAUUUCAUCAACGGAUAAAAUCACAUGCCAAUGAUAUCAAAGAACAAUGGAUUGCUAAAAAUACUGAAACCACCGGUUCGUAA